AUGUCGAUAACAGACCUAGUAUUAGGAUAUGAAUCAGAUCUUCGAGCAAUCGAUAAUGAGUUUGAAUCGGUGAAGUAUACUGCAGCUAUUGACAUAAUAAAUGAUGAAAACUUGAAAUUACCGGUGGAGACAACUGACAAGGAUGAUCUUAAUAAAUUAAACAUAUCUCAAUUAAAUGAUAAACUUAAUGUAAGUGAUGAUGCUUUAAUUCAAUUGAAUAGUCUAUGGAUUAUUAAAGGAUUAAUUCAAGAGAUUACAAUAUCCUUGAAUCCUGUCGACGAAACAAACUACAGGUGUGAUAAAUAUGAAUUACAGUCUGUAGUUAACAAUUUGACAAAAUUGAAACGAAAGCUAUCCCAAUUCGAUGAAUCUUUAAUUAUUCUUGAUAGCUUGAAUAAAUUAUACCAGGAUUUAGUUGCUAAUAUGGGAAAACAAUUAGAAUCUCAUUUCUACAUCUAUUUUCCUAGCAAUGAUUCCUUCGUUAGCAAAGUAUUCACUAAUGAUAUUGACAUGUCUUACGAUGAAUUUAUUCAAAUAUUUAAUCUGUUUGAAAUUGUUGACCCGUCGUUUACCAUUAAAUCUUUGCAUCGUAAACUACAAUUGCAGUGGGACAAAAUAUUGGAUCAAUUAGUUAAUCAUGACAAAAUAAUAGAGUUAGAGCAUCAAAAUAACACAUUUGUUUUAAAAGUCUUGAAUAAGAAGGCUGGAUUUAGAGAGUUUUGUGAAUCGAUAACUGAGUUUAUGAGCUUCAUAAAUCAAUUCAAUAUUCAACCAUUCAAGAAUUUCUAUCUGUCGAAGAUUUCAAAUAACUUGACUAAUAAGAUAUCAGAGAAUAUAAAUAAUUUUAUCAAUCCUAUGAAUGAUAAUUUAAUCCAAAGCUUAUUUAGUGUGAUUAAGUUGUCUAAGGAGUCACAUUGGGGUUUGUCAGCCGAAAGAUCUUUAACAUCAGGAGCUGAUAUAAAUAAUAAAUUAAACGACUUAUAUCUUGAUUGGGUUGUUGAUAAAUACGUUAAUAAGCUCAGGGAUGUUUAUAAUAGUGACUUCAAUCAGUUAGUAGAAGAAUUGCAUGAGGAAUGUUCCGCAUUGGAAGAAAAUCAGAUGACCAAGAAAGAACGUAACCAAGACAAGAACAACACUACUGCCGACGAAAAUAAGGAUGAAUGGAAUGAAUGGGAUAACGAUGGAUGGGAUGAUGAGGAAAUACCGGAUAUUGAUUCUAAAUCAGAUCAUCAAACGCAACCAGAAGGUGAUUGGAAUAACGACGGUUGGGAUGACGAUGGAUGGGAGGAUGCAGAAAUGAAUUUAAAUAAAAAUAAGGGUAAUAAGGAAAUGCAUAAGGUCUCACAAAUGCCAUCAAAAUUAAGGGAAAUAUUACUGGAAUAUCAAACAGAAACUGGAAAUAAUGAUAUCCAACCGCUUAUCUCCACUAUUGAAUCAUUUUCUAUUAUAUCAUAUCCACCAUUGAAUGAAUCAUUCUUAUUGCAUAAUGACUUACAAACAUUGAAUAACUUUUUUAAGAAUGAACAGCUAACGAAGUUUUUGGAUAUCAAUCUCAAGCAAAGCAUCCAAUCCUUCUCCAAUGAAGUUGCAUUGAUUCUCUUUUCAAUUAAUUUGAAGCAUGAUGAUUUUAUUUCGGAUUCUACCAACUUUGAUAAUUUUAAACUAGACAAUGAAAACGAGAGUAAAUUGAAACUAAUCGAUAAUUGGUUUAACAGAAUGAAUAAGUCUAACUUGAAAUCAACUAAUAGACAGAACUACAAAAGAAUUAUUAUGGACGUUAUCAAUAUAGUUUUAAAUUGGAUGAUUAAUUCCAUCAUAUCAAUGGAAGAAAUAACAGAAUACCAAUCAACUAAAUUGACUAAUAUAAUCAAGAGUAUACAACACAUCAUCAAUACAAACUUAGUGUUGGUAGACGAAUCCAAUACAUCAGUGGCCGCUUACAACAAGCUCAACAAUGUCUUAUUUUUGAUUAAUAAUCACUUGAAGGACAUAAUGGAGAUGUUUUACCAAGGAGAAUUCUUUGAUCUCACCACAGAUGAGUUAAUAUCCAUUAUUGAAAGUGUCUUUAUCAAAAGCGACCUUAGAGAUAACUACAUUGACGAAAUUCUCGAUAUAAGAAAUGUUGAAUCCUAA